CAGCAUGUUUCUAUGAAUCAUUCACUGCCGCCACUGGUAGCUACUUUUUCGUGUACCAAUCCAGUCCAGCUAUCUUGUGUCCAGCGGGCCGAACGGGAAGAUAAUGAUGGCCGUACAUUUAUUUAGCUUGGCAAUCUUCAGUUGCUGCCCACCACCAAAGUCAUGCUUCACAUGUUUCCCAUCGUGAUACUUUCAUGUAUAAGUAUGUCUGUGCAAGUAUCUGUACCUUGAGAUCUGCAUCAUGCUUUCUCUUAACCCCAGCUGGACUCCAAACGAGUCUCCUCGCGUCCUUCUCAGUGAACGAUCCUGGUUCGCAGGGAUCUUCAUCACCGCAGUAGCUUACGGAGUGGCGCUCACACUUUCCGUGCAAUGCCUCAGUUUGCUCAUUCGUUCCAUCAACCCUAGCAACUACAAGAUUAAAAUGUUUUGGAUCUUCUAUGUCUCUCUGCUAUUCAUCUGUGCUACGCUGUACGCGGCUGCUGGUGCUAAAAUCAACGAAUUAGCAUUCAUAGAUUACCGUCUAUAUCCUGGCGGUCCCUCGGCAUUUGAGUAUGACUAUUUCUGGUUACCCGUGAACGCCAUGGGUAAUACGUUUUUCAUUAUCGCCAACUGGCUUUCGGACGCCGUUGUAGUAUGGCGAUGCGUCAUCGUAUACGCAGACUGUGGAUAUCCACAAUGGGCGAUAUUGGUUCUCCCUGUUCUGGCUUAUCUCGCAUCUUUCACGAUCAGUCUCAUGUGGCUCAUUCAAGUCUGCAACCCGAACUAUUCACCCUGGGUGUUCAAGAACGUUAAUUUUACAAUACCUUUCCUCUAUGUAUCUUUGGCCCUGAACAUUGUCAUGACACUAGCCAUCGUGUUGCGCCUAUUGAUGUACCGAUGGAGGAUCUCGAGAAUCAUGGGGAAGAGAUACGGAAGCCAAUAUACCAAUGUGGCGACUAUGCUCAUAGAGUCUGCUGCGCUUUAUUCCACAUUCUCGAUGCUGUGCAUCAUUCCUUUCUCUUUGAACCAUCCGAUUCAGAAUGUAUUCAUCCAGGUCUUCUCAGAGGCACAGAUCGUUUCCACAUUGAUGAUAAUUUUCCGAGUUGCACGGGGCCAGGCUUGGUCUGCAGACACUGCCUCGACUAUCUUUUCUUCGAGGUCCGAGGCUAUUGAGAUGCCCGGUCAUUCGAAGAGGAUUCAAUUCGCUGAUCCAUACACAUCGAUCAAUACGAACGAAGACAGCGAUUCCGCUUUGAAUAGAUGCAAGGGUGAUGUCGUUGAGAAGACCCUAGAAGUUGACCAUAGGAAUGAUGAUGAUGCUUCAGAGAAUGCAUAGAAUUGUGUGUCUAAUUACCGCCAUCUUUCUUCUCU